AUGCAUUUUCAAACUAUCAUCUCGGUGUUCCUCCUUGCCUCCAUUCCUCUUAUCCAGGCUGCCCCUCUUGAUGGGUCUGGGUUUUUUGACGCCCAUAUGGCUGCGCGUUUGACAAUAGAAUAUGAAGAUGGAGGUUCAUUCGAUAUCUACGCGCCCAUUACAGGCAGACCUUUUAAUUUUACUGACUUGACACGUAAGUAUCUCACCCUUCUUACCACACCUUCUUCUUCCAAAGCAAACUAAUAAUAAACUCAGCACCACCCCCCCUUUCAGGUGCAAGGAGGAUUACUUUGACCAACGAUAAAUUACUGGAUAGUGGUAGCGGGUUCCUUGAGACCAGCGGAGAACUCAUCCCCCCCAGCGACUUUAGACUCAGCGAUGCAAAGGGCCCGGCUGGGCUUAAAGUCGAAGCUGGUAAUCAGAAAUUAGUGGGUCGGUUGACUUGUACGGUUUUAACGGAUAUUGUGUCGAGCGUUAUCAAUUCUCAAUUUUGUGGUGACGACUUUGGACAAUGGUCGAUUUCUCUUGUUGGUCGGACGCCGCACGUUUUACUCUCGGUCGAGUAUCAUUUCCAGAUACCUUGUGGUGGUGCCCCCCUUUCAUAAGAUAAGGUGCUUUCACUGGUGCUUGUACAGGUGGUUGUAACCCUCGAGCUCUGAUUGGGAAGAAGAAUAAGAUGUUAGAUGCGGGCGCUGUGGAUUUGGUCUGUGCAGUAGAUACUAGUGGAAAGAGAGCUUUUUUCUUGUAAAGGCUGAAAGGGAAGUUUGAAGGCGGGAUUGGUAUGAAGUGG